CCCAUCUUUUUAUUUCUGCACUCUUUUAUCUCUCUUCCAAAGUGAAACAACAACAACCCAUUUGAUGGGUUGCAUUGUUUAGGCUCUAAUUCAAAACAUGGUUCUAAGAGGCCCAAACCUGGAGGCCCAAUAACACAUCCCAAAUCAGAUCAUUCGGACAUUCGGACCUUCUGUUCUGUUUCUCCAUCUAGUGAGUCAAGUAAAUGAAAGCGAGUCGUCAGGGAGACAGCGCCUGCAAGAGAGACGGGACGAUUAGAUCAAAGAUGAACACUGACAUAACUGCUUAGGCGAAACCAGAGUAUCCAGUUGUAGACCGAAAUCCUCCUUUCACCAAAGUAGUUGGCAAUUUCAACACCCUCGAUUACCUCCGUUUCGUUACUCUCACUGGCGUUUCUGUCAGCGUUGGCUACCUCUCCGGAUAAAGCCAGGAUUAAAAGGGCCAUCAAUGGUGAUAGGAGGGCUGAUAUGGCUAAUGGGAGGGUUUAUGUACGCUUACCAGAACUCAGCGGGUCGACUCAUGGGAUUUUUCCCUAAUGAGGGGAAGGCUUCAGAGCACCGCCCAAAGAUGCAGCCAAGAUUCAGAUUGUUCUUCGAUAUUUCUGCCUUGAACAGCUAAAGCAGCUGAUGGUUAACAUUGAUGCUGAAGAUCAAAUCAGUUUUAUCCACAUAAGAAGACUUGCAUAAUCUAAUCUCAUCUCAAUUAACGAGUGAGUUUACUCAAUCAAUCAACUGACGCUACUAGGGGAAAAAAGCGUUACUAUUAUCAGGAAUUCUGUUGUCACAGCAAACAUCUGUCAGGAACAAAAAGUUUUCUAGAGGAAGUUGAGAAGCGGUUUGGGCUGAGAUGCAAACAUCUCAGAAACAUCAAACCCCAGCCAGUAUCCACAGGCUGUAUCACCAACCGGUUAAGGAGAUUGAUCCAUUUUCUUUGCCUCAUUUGCAGAUAUUAGACAACAAUGUAUGUUCAGAUAUCUGCAGCCAAGGAACCAGUGUCUCCUUUCAGACUUACAAGGACCAAUUUUUUACCCUGGAAUCAUCCACGGCAACUGCUGGUUUUGUUGUCUAUGAUUCGCCUUCUGCUGUAAGCAUCUCAUCAAGCAGGAGUCCUUUCUCCCCGCAGGGUUCGCAAUCAUGCCUGUCUGAUUCUCAUCAUUCCCUUGACAAUACUUAUGGGUCACCAUUCAGUGGAUCUUCUGUUGUUGAUGAUAGCAAUGAAUUGAAGCACAAGCUGCGGGAGCUAGAAAUUUCCUUGUUAGGGCCUGAAUCAGAUAUUAUAGACAGCUGCAAUUGUUGCUUCAGUAGUGGAGCCCACCAAGCUGCUUCAAUGGCAAGCUUGAACUGUGAUCAACUGGUGGGCAUGAUUCCUAGAUUAGACUUGAAACAGGUGCUUGUUGACUGUGGUCAAGCACUUCAUGACGGUGAUACGUCGACUGUGGCAGGUUUAAUGCAUGUGUUGGAUAAAAUGGUUUCAGUGUCUGGGGAACCAAUCCAACGACUGGGUGCUUAUGUGCUGGAAGGGCUCAGAGCGAGGUUGGAAUCCUCAGGGAGUAAUAUCUACAAAACGCUAAAAUGCAAAGAACCAACAAGCUCAGAACUAAUGUCUUACAUGCAUAUUCUCUUCAGGAUCUGCCCAUACUGGAAGUUUGCAUACACAUCAGCUAACGUUGUCAUCAAGGAAGUCAUGGAAUAUGAACCAAAAGUUCACAUCAUUGAUUUCCAAAUAGCACAGGGCACCCAGUGGAUGCUCCUUAUUGCAGCUCUUGCAAAACGCCCUGGUGGGCCCCCGUCUAUCCGCCUUACUGGUGUUGAUGAUUCUCAGUCAAAUCAUGCUCGAGGUGGGGGACUUAAUAUUGUGGGGCGAAAGCUAUCAGAAUUUGCUGAGUCAUACAAUGUGCCAUUUGAGUUUCAUGAUGCUGCUAUGUCUGGUUGUGAGAUUCAAGUAGAGCAUCUUAAGGUUCAACCUGGAGAAGCCCUAGCUGUGAAUUUUCCAUAUGUAUUGCAUCACAUGCCAGAUGAGAGUGUAAGCAUCUGGAAUCACAGAGAUAGACUUUUGAGGUUGGUGAAAAGUUUGUCACCCAAGGUUUUGACUCUUGUUGAGCAAGAGUCUAAUACCAACACAUCCCCAUUCUUUUCAAGGUACCUUGAGACAUUGGAUUAUUACACAGCUAUGUUCGAAUCCAUAGAUGUAGCUUGUCCAAGAGAUGACCAACAAAGGAUCAGAGCAGAGCAGAAUUGUGUGGCUCGCGAUAUUGUGAAUAUGAUUGCCUGUGAGGGGCCUGAGAGGGUGGAAAGGCACGAACUUCACGGAAAGUGGAGGUCAAGAUUUAUGAUGGCUGGUUUUUCUCCAUACCCAUUGAGUUCCUCAGUUACUAUGGCUGUAAGAGAUCUGCUGAGGGAGUACGACAAAAACUAUAGACUUGAAGAGAGAGAAGGGGCUCUCUAUCUUGGGUGGGUAAACAGAGCGAUGGCAACCUCUUCCGCAUGGAGGUGAAGGCCUCAUAGUGAUUACUCCAUGGAUUAAGUAAAUUCUGCCCAAAUAGGUGAAAGCAUUGGGGCCUUUAGUGUCAGGUAAAUUUAUAGAAUAUGAGCUUAGCUUUCUUUAGAUAGCUUUAGGCAAAUUGCAAAAAUUUCAAUCUAUAUCCGCAUUCUGCAUCUGGGAGUGAAACGAUAAUGGGUUUGAGUUCCAUUCCAGCACAUUUAAUCUUCUAUCAUUUUCGCCUUUCAACAUUGACUCACACCAAUCAGUGAAUUAAUUUGUUUGUAAUUUGAGACUUGAGUUUGGACAGAAACCUAUGCUUUUUCAACGUCAAAUGAGUUGACCACUACCUCCUUAAAACACAGCUAACAUCAGCUGUGACUCUUCAAAUUCCAAUCCCACCAAAUCCUUCCAUCUAUUAAGGGAUAAGAUGAUAGUUCCCCCUGCCUCUUGGAGAAGAAAAUGGAAAAGAGAAAGUCAUCCGGCAGCAACUUACCAAUCAAAUUUCAUCCACUAAACAAAACGUGCCGCUAUAGAGAUUAGAUAACCAUUGUUCAUUAGGAUAUAACAAGACAACUUGAAUAACACAAGGAAACCA